AUGGGGAAUCUACCAUCUGCUGCGAAGCACUGCCUCAGCUACCAACAGCUUCUCCGCGAGCAUCUGUGGAGCGGAGAGUCAGUGGCAGGGGCGCUGGACCCCGCGCAGGAAGUAUCCCACUUAUCUGGACUCCCUGAGUAUGUGAAAAUAGUAGAAGUUGGACCUAGGGAUGGAUUGCAGAAUGAAAAGGUUAUAGUGCCUACAGAUAUAAAAAUUGAAUUCAUCAAUCAACUUUCCCAAACUGGCUUGUCUGUAAUAGAAGUUACCAGUUUUGUGUCCUCCAGAUGGGUACCACAGAUGGCUGAUCACACCGAAGUGAUGAGAGGCAUUCAUCGGUCCCCAGGAGUUCGCUAUCCUGUCCUUAUACCGAAUCUUCAGGGUUUUCACCAUGCUGUUGCUGCUGGGGCCACUGAGAUAGCAGUUUUUGGUGCUGCUUCUGAAUCUUUCAGCAAGAAGAAUAUUAACUGCUCCAUUGAAGAAAGUAUGGGAAGGUUCGAGGAGGUUAUCAGCUCUGCAAGGCACAUGGACAUCCCAGUACGAGGGUAUGUGUCUUGUGCUCUGGGCUGUCCAUAUGAAGGAAGCAUUACACCACAGAAAGUCGCAGAAGUCUCAAAGAGGUUGUAUGGUAUGGGCUGCUAUGAGAUCUCUUUGGGAGACACGAUUGGAGUGGGCACUCCAGGCAGCAUGAAGAUGAUGCUGGAAAGUGUCAUGAAAGAAAUCCCUCUAGGGGCUCUUGCUGUUCAUUGCCACGACACAUACGGACAAGCCCUCGCAAAUAUCCUAACAGCUCUUCAGAUGGGAGUUAACGUGGUGGACUCUGCUGUAUCUGGGCUAGGUGGCUGUCCUUAUGCAGAAGGUGCUUCUGGGAAUGUAGCCACUGAGGACUUGAUAUAUAUGCUCAAUGGCAUAGGACUCAAUACAGGUGUGAAUCUCUACAAGGUGAUGGAAGCUGGCGACUUUAUCUGCAAGGCAGUGAAUAAAACCACAAACUCCAAAGUCGCACAAGCCACCUUCAAAGCUCGACUUGAAUGA